AUGAUUUCUAACAAGCAUACUUACUUGCAGGAUGAAGAAUUAUCUAUUUCUCGUGGAAAACGUUUGAAGAGUGGUAUAUCGAAUCCUUGCAUAUUGGAUUCUUCUUCAAAUGAUUCAAAAGAGGAAAAUUCACUUUCAGGGCCCACAACACGUAAAGCCUGGUCAGACUGGUGCAGUAAUAAAAUAAAAGCAAGUUCUGUGACUAACAGUGGACAGGAUAGCAAUGAAGAAAAUGAGCCUAUGAAACGGAACUGUAGUUCAAUGGAUGGACUUCUGAAAUCGCAAAGGAAGCUCCGAAGAUCUGAGAGGAAGCGUGGUCCAGGCAGACCAAAAAAGAAUACACCAAAGGCAAAGAAAAACAAGCCAUUAAAAUUCAGUGGCUUGGAUUUACUUCAUGCUCAGACUGUUCUUAGUACAUCUAAUUCUGUUAAUUCAGAUCCAGCUCCUGGCUGCAUCGACCAGAAACUCAGUAAUACUUCACUGGUGGUGCAGAAUCGAGGGAUUGAAGAAUCUAUGGCCAUUGAUAACCUUUUGAUGAUGCAGAAGCAGUUAAUAUUAGAUUUUAUUAAUUUUAUGAAAUCUUCAAGUUAUAGGAAACAACUUGAACAUCAGAUAGCAAAGGAAAAGGAGCGAAGUCAGCAGUUAAAAAGACAUUCAUCUCAUCUUAAAAAAGUAGUUAGUGGAUUAAGAGAAGAAGGGGUAUCUUUAUUAAAGGACAGAGUUUCAGUUUUAGGUUAUACAAUUAAUCAUUCUAGUGAUCUUCUGUUUAAGGUGAAAGAAGGUAUCAGAAAGUAUAUGAAGUUCAAGUCUGAAGUGAAUAAACUUACCUCUGAAAUCUCUGAUCUGGAGCUUGAAUAUCGAAAGUUUAAGAGACCUUGCUUAGAGAAGCUUGGUGAAGAUGGAUUCAAAGAAAUGAUGCAUAAAGAAAUAAUUAACUGUCAGAGGCAUUUUAACACAACCCAGAAAAAAUUGAAAUUGAAUGGUGAUAAAAAUUCACUUAAAGUGGCAUUUAGAGACAUAUCUCAAAAAACUACGAAAGAUAAUGCAGUUCACAUGGAUGUAGAACUUCAAUUAUUGCCAUCCAAGCAUCAGAGAAUUCAGGAAAGUAUUAUCAUGCCAAAUUUUCAAGAUAGAAUUAAAACGAUUAUUGCAUCUGCUUUGAAAGAUUCUUCAGUACAAGACAAAAGUGAUCCUGACAAAAUGAAACAAAAUUAUGCUCAGAAUUCAGUUAGUAAUUCCCUUUUAUCUCCUCGCAAUAGUUUUCCCGAAAUUUCAAGUCAUAAACAGGAAUAUUCUUCUGAAAAUAAAACUGGGUCAUCUAGAAAAAAAUAUUCUUCCUUAAGUUCACAAGGAAAAUCUGAUCAAGUAAAUUUUCUUCGUGUUUCACAAAAGGAGAUAAAGGAAAACAUAAAUGGAUUCAAACGAGUAGAAUUGUCUGAUCCGGAAGUGUCGAGCAGUUUGACCAAUGCUGCAUAUUCUCCUAUAAGUCCUAGCAGAACCCCUCCUACAUCCAGUAGCCCUGUUUUUCAAGUUCAAGAAUCAGUUACUAAAUCUGUUCUAAGUAACUAUACCAUAAAUCUUGGACUCUCUGUGAAUAACAACAUAUUAUCUGGAGAAUAUCCAAGUAAAAAAAGAACUUCUAAAGCAGAGUGUUUAAAUAUACCAAGCCGUGAAAAGAAUAAAAGUGAUUCCUUAAGUGAUGCUCAUAGUAAAGUCAGACCAACAAGAAUUUCUCCUUUCUCUCACAUUGUUGAACAAAGCAAGCCAAAGCAGGCUUUAGAUGAAAUUAAAGUAAAAAAUGGCUUUUCAUUGAAUAAAAAAUUACAUUCUCAUAUAACUAGUUCUUCUUUGAGAAGGGAUGAACAGUCAGCAAGAAAGAAAUCAAAGUAUCAUACUUCAUUUGAUAGUGCUAAAGAAAGAAAAAUAAAGCCACAGUUAAAUAGCAUGCAAGCAUCUCAUGUAGGGAAAGUGAGUAAAAAGGACAGUGGGCCAUCUUACACAAAGCCUGCCAAUAAAUUGGAUACAAAGCGUGGUCAUUCUAAACAUAGUUUUUCAUCAUCAAGUAAAUGUGAUACUGGAACUAAAGAAAGAAGCAAUUUGCAUUCCCAAUCUCAGAGUCAAAAAUGGCAAGCUAAAGUAAGCAGUGGGUUUGAUAAACUACUUGCUCUAGCAUCAACACAGCUCCAUCAUGCAAAUAGAGAUUAUAAAUGUAAUCAAGAAACAAAAAUUAUGAAGGAAGAUGUUUCUAAAUUAAACUCAUUUUCAUAUCAGAAAUCCGGUGAUACAUUUGUCACUGAUCAAUGCAGACCUGUGAAAGAUGCUGGUGUAUCACAAAAGGGAAGUUUUGCAGAUCAUUCUAGAAUGUGUGCAUCUCAGUCAGAAACUCAUAAGCCUGUGUGUUCAAAGACUUGUAUUCUGAAUAGAUCAAGGAAGGGUCCAAGGACUCCUCCUGAUACUCCACCUCGUACUCCUUCUGUUUCACCUGAUCAACGAGGUUUGGAAUCACCUUAUUUUCAGUCUCAUAGCCCUAUAAGUAGCGUUGGAAGUGUUAGCAGCAAUAGAAGUUCUUUAAGCCCUGCAAGAGGAAGUAGUAAAGAAAGAUCAAGAUCCACUAGUCCUUACAGUAGUCGGGCUUCAAGCAGAGAGAGGCAUGGUGAAAAAUAUUCGUCGAGAAAUUUUAAAAGUAUGUCUCAUGAUACCGAUUCCCAUCAGAAAAAAUUACAUUUGAAAAGUAGAUGGCCAUUCAAAAAUAAUAGGUCUGAGUUUCACCAGCGUUCAUGGUCUAAGGAUCAAGAAUCAUCCAAAAAUAAAGCCAUACAAUUGCAUGGUAAGACCAAUACACUCAAGAAUGACUCAGCAAAUUCUGAUCAAAAUGCUGGAGCCUCUGUUGGGAAUAGAGACAAGAGGCGACAGUUAGACUUCAUGACUCAACAAACCAAGGAAGUCCUGGCGCAUGCACCUAAUGGAUAUUCUGUUGUUAUGACACCAUCACCUCUUCAUGCUAUAUAUGUGCCUACUGCAGGUGUCUGCAGUCAGCCUCCACUGCCACCCCAACCUCAAACCUUGCCAUCUAAAUCAUCUAAUUCAAAUUAUUCUGUUUCAAAUGCAUGUGCUCCAUUAUCAGCUAAUCAUAUUCUUAAUUUCACUGUUCCACCUCCCAAUUUUAACAUGCCACCUCCCCAUCCUUCAUCCAACUCUGUCAGCUUACCUCAAAUUCUUCCUUCACAGCAGCAAGUUCAACCUAUUCAGCUACCAGAUGUCACAGUUCCACCUCCAAAUAUGGUGUCAGUUGCAUCAUUUUUGCCAUCGUCAAAUUUACAAUCUUGUCCUCCACAGCUGGAACCUGCUGUGCCAAAUAAUCAUGUAUAUAGGCAAAAUAAUCAAUCUCAUCCACCUCCUCUUCCUCCAACUGCUUCUUCCUUCAGUAAUAUUGUACAAAAUCAACUUUAUAGGGCAAAUCAGAAGCCAAUAAAUAAUGGAGCUCCUGCACACCAGCUUGAUUACAGGGUUCCACAACACUGUGCUCUGCCUACUGCUGGAAGUAGCAGCUAUUAUCCAGCUCAAGCUCACUUCAUAGCUUAAAUGUAGCAUCACUACCUCAGAUAUGAUGGAAAAAGAAUGUGUUUUACUCUUCUAGCUGGCCGAUGGUUGCUGCAGGAGUCCGAGCCAACACGACCAACACUGCCAUAAAAGCUUUGCAAUCUUCAACCUCUGAAGUACAAAAUCAUCAUAUGCCAGAUGAUAGAGCUUUCUAACCUAUUCCAGACCAUUUAUUCUGGCAUUUAUCACUUCUGUUACAUUAACAUGCUAAAAUAAUGUUGUGUGGUUGCAUUCCAUAGCUUUUGAGAACAAUUAUUAUUAAAAAUAUUAUCAGUUGAAAUGACCAGAAGUCAUGACCGUAGUAACUUUGCUAAAUGUAUGAGAUUAUCUUUUAUCUGUCGAGUCUAUUAUGUUGUAUUUACUUUAAUUUGCAUCGUAAACAACUUGCACAGAUUUUGUAAAAUGCUGCCUCUUCAUGAUUGUUGCUCAUUUACAUCAUGGGUUUUCAAGAGGGUCAAUGAAAUAAGCGGGGACAAUGACGCUGAAUGUGUUGUUAGAUGAAUAUGCACAGCAAGUCAAUGGCAUAACCAAAAUUCCAUUGGUUUCAAAUUAAAUUUAUUAAAAAUUGGUAAUAAAUUAUUUAAUUGAUAUGAAACGCUACCAUAGAAUAAAGAAACUGAAUAAAUUUAAUUCUCUUAAAGAUUAUUUUUAUCGACGGACCAGCUUCACUACUUCGUUUUAAAAUUAUUUUACUAAGCAAAAUAUCAUAUACAGAUAUUUACAGUAAAGCAAAAUACACUUUCAUUGUGAGCUUGGGUUACAAGUAAAUGCUCACAUCCUACCAGUUAGAAUUUUUUUCUAACUCUACCUGCCUCAAUCAUAGGAGGCGAUGACUUGGCGAGAUUCGGCGUGAAAUGCACCAACGUCCCGCCCGGCCUUGCCAUAUUCACAUGUGAGAAAUUGACAUAAGUUUAAUUAUGAAAUAUUAAUAUUAAAGUUUCGGUUAUUUAUGUAAACAAGUAUGAAAUAUGUAUAGAAAAAUACAAAUAAGUAAACAAAACAUCGAAACUUGUAAACAAGAAUACAAAAUUUUUGAGAAAAAUAAUUUUAAAUAUAUAAUUAAUAAUAACUGAGUAACAUAAUACACAAUUUACUAAAUUUCAAAAGCAAUCAUAUUAAUUGUCCUUUUAAAGUCCCUUAUUUUUGUGUGAAUUCUUACAACACGGACCUUUCCAUCAUGCCAAUUGUACGUUUAAUAUGGUACUUCCCUGAUUUUAUCCCAGCUUCCCAAAGUACACGGAAGAGAGCUGAUUUGGUUGGAAUAAAAUUCCAAUCUGUAUUUUCUUGCGAGAAAUAAUGAGCUAAUUCUUUGUCUGGGAAAUUAAUGAGCUUAUAAAUUUUUUUCAAUUUUGAAUUAGCUCCAACAAAGUUAGUAACAUUGUCUGUAUAAAUUUUGAAACAUUUGUAACGUCUACUUGUAAAACGUUUAAGUGUUGCAAUUAAAGCAUCAGAAGUCAGAUCUGUUAAAGUCUCAAGAUGAAUGGCCUUUGUUGUGAAACAUAAAAAUACAAAGAUACAAUUUAUUUAGAAUACCUUUACACUGAUUUUUAAAUUUCACUAAAUAAGGGCAACAUAAAUCGAUACUUGUAACAGCAAAUGGAGGUGAAAUACUAACUCUUUCACUAGGAAAAUUGCUCAUAAUUGGUGAAGAAAGAGUGGGCUUACACUUAAUGCCCGUUACACAUUGAUGCACUGUUUUACGUGUGUGAUCACGGCCACCUAAACGCCAAAAUUUUAUGCACACUGCAUUCAGCAGAACUUGUGGUCCAACAUCAAAUAAUUUCCUGUGGAAACUUUCAAAAUAAAUUUUACUUAACUUUGAAGCUUUAGGUAAAAUAGGAGGAUGUCUUUGAGAAUAUGGCUUGAAGCGUUCUUCAACAUUCCUCCUACAUGUACUAUUUCUUGGUCAUCAAAAAAUGGAAAUAAAUUUGAAAUAUUACUUGACAGUUUUUUUCCCUCAAACAGAGCACAUUGUUCAUGUUUAAUAAAAACUUCUUCAGCUUCUCUUACCUCCUCCACUGACAGUGGUCCCCCCUUUUUUUUUUACUUUAUUCCUGCAAUUGAAAAUAAACCUGAAAAUAUAAGACCAAACAUAGUUAAUUUUAUAAUAAUAGUUUGAAACUUCUAAAAAGUUAUCCACAAUAAAACGUUGAGAGCUGUCAUUUAGCAGGACAGUCUUUUUACAAGUCUGAUCUUCAGAAGGAAUUUUCCUUUCUCGCCGCAAAGUUUCUUUUUUGACUUGUACAGUGGUUCCAACCUCAGGAACAAAUGGUUGCAAGUUCUGAGAAAUUUCAGGCUCCUUAACCUUUUCACGGCAGCACAUCUUUGUUUAAGACGCUCGUGUGGGCCGGAAGAGAAUCGAAGGCAGUCACCGUACAGGACGGAGGUUUUGUA